AUGAAACUUGAAGAUAUUGAGAGUCUAUCGGAGGGAGAUUUUGUGUUUUGCCGAAAGGAAGAUGUCGGGAUUUAUUUUAGAUCCAAGAUUGGAAGUGUGGACCUUGAAAAUAAGACUCUGCAUCUUCAUUAUUAUCACAUGUCUCAAGAGGAAGAUUUGAGCUUUGAGGAAGCUGAACGACGACUUUUGAAAUUUUCAAAAAGUAAUGAAAUUCAAUUGUUUAAUGAUAAAAAAUUAGGAAUGAAAUCUGGAAAUAUUCGACUGAAACUUGAGAAAUUGGAAACAACUGGAAAGCCAUAUAAUACCAAUGAUAAGGAUGAUGAAGAUGCAGAGGAUUAUAAGAAAGUUACAAGUUUUGAAAAGGACAAGCAAGGAAGUAAUAACGAAACUGGAAAAAGAAAAAGAGAAGAGAGUGGUUCAGAGAGCCAUGAUACUGUACAGACUGCAUCGUCUUCAGAAAAUUCUUUGUUAUCACCAGAAUCUACAAUGUUGAAAUUACCUCAAUUUAUUCGCCAAGAAUUGUACAAGGAUUACACUCAAGUGAAAAUUGAAAAGAAGCUUCACAAAUUGGAUAAGGAGAAAACAGUGGCUCUUAUUGUUGAAGGUUAUUUAAAGGAAUUGGAAGAACAAGACGUUCCAGAGACAGAGUAUGAUAUUUGUAAAUGUGUCAUGGACGGCAUUGUGAAAUAUUUUGAUUGUUAUUGUGAAACUUUUCUGUUGUAUCCUGAGGAGGAGCGACAAUUUGACGAGGAACAAACGAAACGAAAAUCCAAGAAGACCACCUCCAAGAAGAACGAUGAGGACACAAUUCCUGCCUCAACGAUCUAUGGAUUGCAUCACUUACUGAGAUUGUUCACGAUUUUGCCCAAGCUGCUUUCUCGAAUGCCAGAGGGCAUGACACUUCGGCAAUCAACCAAGUCUCUCAUUUACCAGAAAUUGGAAGGUUUUUUUGGUUAUUUGGAAUUAUUUAUGCAAAAUGUACAAUAA